UGAGGACCUUGGUCCGUGCGCUGCCAUUAUUUGAGGCUGUUGUUCAUUACUUCAUUGUGAUCACUUCUGGACAGUUAGUUUCGUGCAUAUCUCUCAGCCUUAGAUAUUUUGCAUUUUUGUUUCUUACGUAUUCCGGUCAGCUGUUAACUAUUUUUAACGGCCUCCUCGUCAGUUUGUUCUUCGUCGAAAUCAGUCGACAUUCCGUGAAAUGGCUGAGCUCCUGAAUCCAGAUUCAAAUAUUGGGCACACACGUAUGCCUCUUAGAACGAAUACCGCUGAAGUCCAACGAAAUUCCCGGUGCAGAUUUGGACAGAUACGGGCACCGAAGCGGUGCAUCAUUGAACAAAAACGUGGUUCUCAUCGUGUGCGACGUAAUCAACGAGUGGAGUCAGCAAACUCUGAUAGAGGGCUUUCAGAUGGAGUCGGCCAAGAUUCUCAGCUUCUCUGUGACGUCCGUGGAGAGAAGAGUGGUGAUAUAUCGGUUCCCCGGGCUGGCACCCAUCAAGAUUGCUCACCUCGAUUUCCCNGCUCUCACCCAGUGAUCAGUCAGCUUCGCUGAAUGAACACAAACGUCCCAGGCCGGAACAUCAGAUUAACCCCGGCGACGGCCUGUCGUCUUCCGCUCCCACAUGUUUACGGGAGCCAGUUUCCCCGGUUAUUAUGUUUGGACAGAUCCGCUCUGCCCCAAGUGGGAACCGUGCUGGAGAUUUUGUGUGUGAGCAAUCGCUUCUGAACAAAGAAAAAUUCCAAUACCUUCUUUCAAAGGAAGCACUCUAUCAUCCGAACAAUGCUUUCCUAUACUACGUCAAUCCGGGACGUUCCUUCACAGACAUUAGGGAUGCUCUCCUUGGUUCAGAUCCUUCGAAAAUGCAAACCACUUUAAAUAACCCCAAUAACUCUCCUUCACGGUUUGGCGUGCGCUUCACACCUGAAAAGUCGCUACAAGACUGGAUGGGAUCAAACCCAAACCUCACGCAUCCAGACGAGCCAAUUGACGUGGUAGAUGAAUUUGUUUACUUGGGUAGUUGUGAAGUUGAAGACAAAGUCGACGCGGCUUUGCGCAACGAGGCUGUGCACAAUCUUCGAUUUAUGCACAACGCGUUCUUCAACUUAUCGACCGAGACGUUUUGCAAGGCUGUCAACUUGAUUGAUCGCUUUAUUGUAAAGGUCAAGGUGACUGUAGAAAGAGGCUUAUUAACUAUUGACUCAUUACACCUGACUUUUCGUUCUUUUUUCAGGUUAAACCGAAAUACAUGGCUUGUGUGGCUACUGCUUCCUACUGUGCGGCGAGCAAGUUGUGCAAUGGAAGUAGCAAAGAGCAGUCUCUGCGGUGUACGCGUGUCGCAGAUAGCGGGGACUCGUCCUAUUGUAGCUGUAGAAAGAGGCUUAUUAACUAUUGACUCAUUACACCUGACUUUUCGUUCUUUUUUCAGGUUAAACCGAAAUACAUGGCUUGUGUGGCUACUGCUUCCUACUGUGCGGCGAGCAAGUUGUGCAAUGGAAGUAGCAAAGAGCGAGCAUCUCGAUCUUGUGAUCGAUUUUAAUGUUUUGUCCACCGAUGGUCGAUACACCGAGUGCCGAAUGUGCUUGCAUGGUUUAAUAAUCCUUUUUUGUUUCCGUUCGAAUUCGAGUCCCUUCAUUCCGGUUUGUUUUCCUGAUCUGCCAUUCUUUUAUCAUCAUUGGACUAUCGUGAACUAUUUUCCAUUUUUUUCGCUCAAGCGUGUUGAUCUUCCGGCUCCUGAUACUCUGGUUCACGUGACCCGUUGCGGUGGGAAUGCCGCGGAUUUGCUCAGAAUGGAAGAAAUCUUAGCAUCCAAACUUUCACACGAUUUAGACGGCGUGAACGCGUUUGACUUCCUCCGGACUUUCAUCGAGACCAUAAUCCAAGCUGCUCCUGAUGCAGAGCAAGAUACACCUUCCGUGACCUCAGCAAAUAAGAGCGGGACUGGUGGUACAGCGAUCGAAAAGGGUGGCAACGGUUCGCGAAUGCAGUUAACCCAACUGAUUAAGCGUCUUAUGAAUCGGUUGGAGAUCGCACUCUGCUCCCUCGAAGUCUACCGCUUUCGACCAGUGUGUUUGGCACUUGGAAUCCUAGUGCAUGCCGGGGUCAAAGGACUCGUUCCUGUGGCCACUAUGUGUGGGGUCGAUUGGGCGGAUGUGAUCCAGGCAGCUGCAUUGGUUGAAGAGUUAUAUGAGAUCUACUAUCGUGACCCUCUGCCGUGCAACCGUCGUUCGUUGGUUUGGAAUCUCUCCCGACGCACACUUUUUCGCAUCGGUUACUCAAGCCCUACCCCCCUGGAUACCAUCACGGAAGAUUACGAACCGGCGGACGAGGACGAUUGGCUUUUGCCACUGUUGUUUGAGCCGUAGGACCGCCACUGCCACGUCGUCGCUUUCUGGAAUGGAUGUUGUUCGUUGAGGAUGUAGUUGAUGAGUCGAACGCACUCAAUUGUCGUCGUUAUACUUCCCAGCUCAUUCAUGUAUCGCCACAACCACCGCCACCACUACCACACAGUGGUUCCAGCACACACACACACACAAACCAUCAUCGAUUUUUGUCCAAUGUUGUACCUGUUUUGGCCAAAUGUAGUAGACAGAAAUGACGCCCGCACAC